AUGUCAUUGGAAUUAUAUCACUACAGGCCUUCAACACCCCCUUCCAUGCCGGCUUCUGGGUAUCUUACCGUCAGCCGUAAUAACCAUAAUUAUAUUCAUGCCCGCGCGGACUCGAGUUCCUCUAACAACUCGACUCCGGAGUCUGGCAUCAGCAACCUCACCACCCCGAACCGGUCCCCUGUCCUCCGCCAGCAUGGGCCUGCUCUACUUCCUAGAAUCAGACCACAGGAUCUUACGGUUGAGCCUGUGUCCUGCAGUGGACCUAUCCGAGCCCGCAAGACCUCGCUCAAUGUCCGCAAACCCCCCGGAUUCGUUCCCUACCCGGCCAAUCGAUCCCAAGCGCGAUUAUUUCUGGCCUCGUUAAUUGACUGUUCCACGGUUUCACCAAUCUCCGCUUCUUCCGUGGUUGGCAAUAGGGGCCCCUCGACCCUUUCAUCACCAGUUACCCUAACCCCGUCUCAUUCGAGAAGGCUUUCAGGCCGUAGCCAUUCUCGUUCGACUUCCACCAGCAGCAUCGACGAGUCAAUUUGGGGCCGCUACGCAUAUCCAACCUACAGAAAUGUUCCGAGAUAUGUGUCUCAGUAUAGCCCUACGGCCCCGGUUUCAGCAACAUCUCAUCUCUCCAUGUCUUAUCCACCCUUUAAUGAACAGGCUGCACCUCAACUGGAGCCUUCCCCGCUCCCACUGCCUUCAUACCCCUAUCUCGAAAGCCCUGUGACAUCUGUGUCUUCACUUCUCCCUGCCCCAGCUCUCAUUAGUACUUCCCCUUACUCGGACUCAGGCGACCUGGAACUUUCCACCACUCUCCUCAAAUAUUUGACAGAACCCACCCAAGCCAUCAACUUAGUGAGCAAAGUCCGUGUCCCUCUAGGUCGUGGCCAACAACAGCAUUUCUGGUGGGACAUCCGAAACCUGAGAAACUGGACCAGUUUCUCCCUCUCCACCAUCCAUUCCAUCCCAAAUCUAACGGAACUCCUCACCACCCAAGUCUCCCAAGACACUCACCCCCUCUCCACCGUCUCUCCUUCUCGCCUCUUCCCAAGUUCCGAAGGUUCGCUCUCUGAACUAAUCCGCGACAUCUACGCACCACGCGUCAACGCGGCCCUCCAAACCUCCCUUGGCAAAGAUUUUUGCCUUCACCUCAAACCAACCCCCGAGGCCUUUCUAACAGGUAACCGCAGCAAAAGUGGCCCCCACUUCAUUGCCAACUACAACACGGAUACAGCGCAGACGUCCUCGGGCGCCAAACGCGGGCGCCUCGUAGGCCUUGUCAAAAGCUUCGACUGCUGGAACAGCGGCAUGCGCAACCAACAACCGCACAAGCGCGUCGAGUACCUGAACGGCCUCGCGCAUCUCCAACGUUGCAUGCGCGAUCACUCCUGCCGCUACGGCUUCAUCAUGACCGAGAUCGAACUCGUCUGCGUCCGCGCUGGAUGCGACGAGGGCGAUAAUGUACCCUAUUUCGGCUACCUGGAAGUAGCCGCACCGAUCCCGACGAAUCUCUCAUCGGAAACUUACUCUCCACCCUCACCACACAAUCUUAAUACAAACAUGGACCGUUCCCACUCCGCAACUUCAACUCAAUCAUCCAGCCACUCUCCCUCUCCCUCCCCUCCUCCCCUUUCAUCCUCCCACUCCCGCUCAACCUCACCUUCAUCGCCGUCUCAUAAAACCCCCCUCACUGCAACCCUAGCCCUCUACUUCCUCCUUUUCCUGUCCAAAUCCGAACCCCUCCCCACACAACCCUCCUGGUACCUAAAUGUUGGCGGAUCCGGCGUUCUACCACGCCAGCAUGUCCUUCCCGAGGGAAAGGAUAAAUGGAUCCCCGACCCCCAGACGGGCGAGAAAAGAGAUGCGAAGAGGGUGCGUGGGUGGGUGUGGCCGCAGGAUCCGUGGCAUCGGAGAGAAGGGGGCGGGGCGAGCCGUGUGAAGGCGCAGGCGCACGCACAAGCUCAGUUGCAGUUGCGGAUUCAGAAUGCAGAGCCAGCAGGAUCAGAGAAUUCUGCAUAUUCUACUGGCGUUGGAAUUUGUUAG